GGUUUAAGAAGAAGGCAAAGAGGAGCUGCCAAUCAAGAGAUCUGUCAUGACUGCCAGUACAUCUAAGAGAAGUGCCUGGAGUGACUAUGUCUUUGAUUCAAAGCACAGGCAAGAUCUUGAAGAUUCCCAUGAGGCCCACAAGAAAGAAUCAAAAGAGAAGGAAAGAAGACUGGCAAUCAGUCAGUGGAGCACAGAUGUACAAUCCCUUGUUUCCUCUUCUGAAUGGCUUCAACGUUACGGUCUCAAAAGAAACAAAUUGUCCUUCUCCCAGAUUUUGUCACAGAUUGGAUUGCAGCACAGGAAAGAUUAUGUGACCACCUUGGGGAAACCUGUGGCUUCUCGGUUUGCAGAUGGUCUGUUUCCUCAGUACAAGAGAGCACAAGAUGGCAGUGUCUAUAAUCUGACAGCCAAAAAAGAACUGAUUCUUCAUUUUGUGGAUUGUCUAAUGGGAGCUAUUGAGCUGUAUAAGCAGCGAAUGGAAUGGUUAACCAGUGAGAGCCGGCAGAUAUUUGGAGUGAUUCAAGAACGGUGCAUUGUCAUUGUUUUGGAUUUUGGCACUGCAACUCCAACUGAAUUUGAUCUAUGUCGGGAUGCACUUUCUAUGGUACUUGUGGAACAGGUGAUCCAAAUUGCCAGAUUCAACCUCAUUCGGGCUGCACAGAAUCUUAUGAAGUGGCAACAGAAACCUGCUCCUGUGUCUGACCAUACUGUAAAGGCUGCUGUUAUGUGGCUCUGGAUGCUGGACCAUAUGACAGCUGUCAGCCAUACCAACUCUGCUGAAGCCCUGCUGGAAGCCAUGGGUGAUGAGGCGGUUGAAGCCGUUUAUUACUUUGCUGUGGGUGAUGUUCCAGUGGACACAAAACAGCUACUCCUUGAGAAGGUUUCUGAUGGCCCCUGUCCAAUUAACACUGUGUCUUUCAAUGCUAGGGAAGAUGAAACUAUUAUUUUUCUGAAGGAGCUGAGCCGCUUGGCCUCUGGCAGAUUCCAUGCUUUUGCUGAGAAGAAUGACUAUAGACAAGCUACUGGAGCUGCAUUAAAAUAUGAAGAGGAUGGAAAAGAUCUAAUUGCCCUGAACUCCGGAAAACUGAAAGGGCAAAUGCCACUAGGUAGACAAUAUAAAACACAAGAUUAUACUGAUAUUUUCAUAGCUGGUGUCCGUGAAGAUGUCUUUUUGAUCUGGAAGGAGUUGGAGGAAGCCAGGAAUACAGUGAGACAAGUUCAGCAAAUUUUAUCAGAAUCUGACCAGCCUGCUUCUCAAGAUGCAACCAAAACUGAUCAUCCAUUACAAAAUCAUGUAUAUGACAAAUAUUUGACUUCUGAGAAGUGGUUGCAGAAGUAUGGCUUGAAAGCUCAGAAGCUCACACUGUACGAUGCACUUGCUGAUUGUAUUUUCCGCCAUGUAGAUGGGAUUGUUGACAUAAAAACUAAACCAGAGGAUGAAUCUUCACAAACUGAUGCUGAGACAAAGAGGAAAGUAAUUCAUGCAAGAUACUGUGACAGGUUUGUACAUACCCCCUGGAAAGAUGGAUCUGUAGUUCACAUAUAUGUUAGUACAGAAAAGUAUAAGCAGUACGAAGAGAAAAUGAGGACAGCUCUCAGACAAGUGGAAGGAAGGAUUAAGUGGCUUCAACAAGGAAGCAGAGGGCUCUUUGGUAAUGUAUUUGAAGAUAAUGUCUAUAUUCUCAUUGAUACAUCCCAGUCUAUGAACAACAAGCUGCCACUGGUGAAGGAAAAAAUAUUUCAACUCAUACAGGAACAAUUGAGACACAAGAAGAAAUUUAACUUUGUGAAAUUUAGUGCCCAAGCAGUGGCAUGGCAAGAGAAACUUGCUGAAGUUAAUGAGGAAAAUUUGCAAGAUGCUUGGCUUUGGAUAAAACAGCUUGAGGUUGGAAGUUCCACAAAUACACUCAAAGCUCUCCAGAUUGCUCUUGCUGAUACUGACACUCAGGCUAUUUAUCUCUUGACGGAUGGGAGACCUGACCAGCCCUCCCAAAUAAUUUUUGCUGAAGUCCAUCUUCAUUGUAAAAUUCCCAUCCAUACUGUAUCAUUCAACUGUGAUGAUAUAGAAGCUAAUAAAUUUUUGUAUGAACUAUCUACUAAAACAGAGGGACGGUUUCAUUAUUACAACAUUUAUUUGACUGAUCCUGAUACUCCAGAGUUUAUUCUUAAUAAAGACAUACAUCUUUUGAAACGAGAAAUUGAUCAAGGAGAAAAAGACCUAGAGAAAGUAAAGACCUUUCAUGUCAAAAGCCUGAUGAUGGAUUCUUUUAAUGAAGAAAAUUAUCCAGAGAAUAACAGUAGGCGGUUCUGUGCUUCAGAAGAGCCAGCACGGACACCACACCAGCAAACCUGGCAAAAAACUGCUGACAGUCCAGCCCGAAGAAAGAAAUUAUUAUAUGCAGAGCAAACAAAGAGCAGCCUGCUGCGAAUCCUGAGCCAUGGUGUGAAAUCUAGAGAAGAAAGCCCAGAGGAAAGAACAUCUCCAGAGGAAAAAGGUUUUUCUGUCAAAAAGAGUGUGAAAUGUACAGCUAUUUUGAAAGAUCUGAAAAUGCAGAAUGUGAAAAAGGCAUCUAAAAGCUCUCUAGAUAUCUCUUCAGCUCUUUGGUUAAAGACCCAUGGCUUGGUUGCUAGGCGACUCACCAUCAUGGAUGCCUUAGCUCCUACAGCUGUCCCUCAUGGUACCAAAUACAUCCCAAUUCUGGACAAGCAUGUAGUUUCUAAAGUAUUUGAUGAGAUAUUACCGUUGGCCCAUGUUAGCAAUGACAAGAAGGGGAUCACACUAAUUAAUCCUCAGGCAGUGAAUCUUGUUGCCUAUAAAGAGAGGCUGGAACAAGCAAUUAAAUCCUACAAAAGGCGCCUGAACCUAGUUAUUUGGAGAGCACUAUCUCAGGAGGAAAGAGACAAAUUUAAAGAGGAUGGGCCAGUCCAGUAUAUGCGGCAUAAAGAAGCUUUGCUGGAGGCUUUAGAGAAUUUGGGAUGGCCAAUUUCCUAUGAAGAUGUAAAAUUGCUAGAAGAUGAGAUACUGGCAGCAUUAACAUAUAUGCAACAAGCCUCUGAUCUUCAGGAAGCUGUCAAAAAGGAAACUGAGAAAAGCUCCGAAUCACACAUAAGCAACAAUAAAAAGAGACAUGAAGAAGCAAUUAUGAAGUCAAAGUCUAAGACAGGACAAAAAUGGCAAAUAUUUGUGACUCACAAAAGUCAAAAGGUAAUUGCAAGAUCGGACGUCACAGGAUUUUAUUAUCCAGGAACUGUGAUAAAGAAUGUCAGUUCUACCUGUGCACUUGUUGACUUCAGCAAUGGGGAGAGCUGGGAUGUACCUGUGAAGUUCACUAUACCUGUGGGAGGUGCUAUGCCAUGCCCACAUCUGCAGGUUGGAGACUAUGUGUUUGCCAGAACUGGGACACAGACAGGAAAUGAGUAUUAUGUACCUGCCAUUGUUAUUGCAACACCAGAGAGGGUGGAAACAGAUAACAAACUCUACACAGUACUGAUGUUCAACAACAGGAAGGAACACUGUGUAAGAAGUGAGCUUAUUAAAAUCAGCCAAACAAAGUAUGCCUAUUCCUGUCAGUACAUAAGAAUGGUGCAGAUGGUGGAUUAUGAAAUCCUGGACAGCAAGACCACAAAGCCCUAUCCUCAGUCACCUCUGGAAGAUGAAGGAGGAGAAGAAGCAAAGAAAAGUACUGUGGAAGAAAAGAGGGGGAAAAAGAAAAACAAGAGGAGAGCAGUAGACAAAAGACAUCCCAGGGAGAAGAUGUCAGACUUUGAUGAUCUUAUAUUUGUCUCCAGAAGUGAAGUAAAACAGAGAGGAAGAAAUUCACAGUCUAGUAAUAAAGAAGAAUUUGGAGCAUCUUCAUUCUCCGUUUCAUCACCCUGGUGUUCAUCGAGGUGUCAAACUCUGCAGUCGCCAAGAGCUUCGACGCCCAGUUGACUGAAGUCUCGCUGUUGCUUGUGCAGUCCAUCUGCAGAAAAUUCUCCAGAGCCUGGUAAAAGCAACAUCCGCCAGAUUAUCAGGGUCAACAUGGAGCAGUGAGGAUUGGCAAGCCAGCCUCAGCACCACUGCACAGAGCUCAGGAAGCCACAUUAAGGGUGCGCGAUGAAGGAGCUUGAGAGGAAUGAAUGAGGCUGCAGAUACAAAAGAUUUUUAGCAUCCUUAACUGUGAAAUUCCAUUCCUUGAAUCAAAAAUAAACUUAUUAGUUAAUAAUAAAUUAUGAUUUUUCAGACUUACUUUGGAUGUAUGAAAGAGAAACAGUGUCAGAGGUUCAGCUGUGCUGGUGAAUAGUAUCAAUAUGAGAAAAGAGAACAGAAAAUUUGUCUUUGCCAAAUUACUCUGUGCUUGCAGUAGAACUAUUUGAUUUACUAACUGUAGGUCUUUCUUAUGAAAUACCUUUUCCCACAACUUCUUUUUCACAGCCUCAGUCUGUAAGGCAUCUGGGAAGACCUGCUGCAGGGUGCUUACCCAGUUGUCCACUGUCGCUGACUUUUACAUGUAUCUGUCCUAAAGCUUUUCCACUGAUAGGGACUGUCCUGUGAGAACACAGUUGAGGUGCUUUGCCCUUGAAAACUAACCUCUCAGUAACACAGACGUAGACCAAGGGUUGUUUGUUAUAAAGUGAGUGCUACUCUGGAGGCAGAGGAAUUGCUUCAGUAUUACAGCAUUAUAUAUGAAAGCAGGAAUUGCACCUCAACAUAUUUAGGAGUGUCUCUGCUCUAGAUCCCAAAUAAUUGAUAGGUGACUGAACCCAGUUAAAAAAAAA